UAAAAGAGAGUCUCUCAAUCUCUCUCAAUUUUCUUUUCUCUUUGAAAUCCCAAAAUAAUACUCAAAAUUAAUAAAAAUUUAUUUAUAAUUGGAAAGACCCGUUUAGGUUCUUUCGAGUAAUUGUUUGUAUUACCGUUUGUAUCGCUGAUUAUUUUAGAUUGUAACUUCUAUGGCGAGGCUUCUAGUUCAUUCAAUAAAUGUUCCUGCUUUAGCUCCUCGUCUAAAGCAUGGACAGAGUCAAGAAUCUGAAACGUCAAGGACUCCUGCUAAAAUGAUGUGUAGCUCUAGAACAAUGGCAUUGACAAUGAGAGGAUACUCAGGUCUACGCAGUUCAAACUGCUUAGACGCAUUGCUAAGAUCUGGACCAGAUUUCCAUUCCAAAGUUGCCAUCACAAUGUCACGCAGGCAGCAGAAGGCUAAGCGGUUUUUACCUAGGGCUAUGUUUGAGCGCUUCACAGAAAAAGCAAUCAAAGUUAUUAUGCUUGCCCAAGAGGAAGCAAGACGGCUUGGUCACAACUUUGUUGGUACUGAGCAAAUCCUAUUGGGUCUUAUUGGUGAAGGAACUGGCAUUGCUGCGAAGGUGCUCAAAUCUAUGGGAAUUAAUCUUAAAGAUGCACGUGUGGAAGUGGAGAAGAUUAUAGGGAGAGGCAGUGGAUUUGUUGCAGUGGAGAUUCCAUUUACUCCUCGUGCAAAGCGUGUGCUGGAACUCUCGUUGGAGGAAGCCCGCCAACUAGGCCACAACUAUAUAGGAUCCGAGCACCUUCUUCUUGGAUUGCUCCGUGAAGGUGAAGGUGUAGCAGCCCGUGUUCUUGAGAAUUUAGGUGCUGAUCCUAGCAACAUUCGCACACAGGUCAUUCGUAUGGUGGGUGAAAGCACAGAAAAUAUACCUGCUCCUGUUGGACCAGGAGGUGGCAGCAACAAAAUGCCCACACUUGACGAGUAUGGGACUAAUUUGACUAAGCUAGCAGAGGAGGGUAAAUUGGAUCCCGUGGUUGGAAGACAGCCACAAAUAGAACGUGUCAUCCAAAUCCUGGGUCGGCGAACAAAAAAUAACCCCUGCCUUAUUGGAGAGCCAGGGGUUGGAAAAACAGCAAUUGCAGAAGGUCUUGCUCAACGUAUUUCAAGUGGUGAUGUUCCUGAAACAAUUGAGGGAAAGAAGGUUAUUACCCUGGAUAUGGGACUUUUAGUUGCUGGAACUAAGUAUCGUGGUGAGUUUGAAGAACGAUUGAAGAAGCUAAUGGAAGAAAUCAAACAAAGUGAUGAAAUUAUCCUCUUUAUUGAUGAGGUACAUACCUUAAUUGGAGCUGGAGCAGCAGAAGGUGCAAUUGAUGCUGCUAACAUCUUGAAACCAGCUCUUGCAAGAGGAGAAUUGCAGUGUAUUGGAGCCACCACACUGGAUGAAUACAGAAAGCACAUUGAAAAAGACCCUGCUUUAGAAAGACGAUUCCAGCCAGUAAAAGUUCCCGAGCCUACUGUAGAUGAGACAAUUCAGAUUCUGAAAGGGCUGCGUGAGCGAUAUGAGAUCCACCACAAGCUCCGUUAUACAGAUGAAUCUUUAGUAGCUGCUGCACAAUUGUCAUAUCAGUAUAUUAGUGACCGAUUUCUGCCUGAUAAGGCAAUUGACUUGAUUGAUGAGGCUGGUUCUCGAGUCCGCCUUCGUCACGCACAGGUUCCUGAGGAAGCUAGGGAGCUUGAGAAAGAGGUCAGGCAAAUAACAAAGGAGAAGGAUGAAGCUGUCCGCGGCCAAGACUUUGAAAAGGCUGGGGAAUUACGGGAUCGUGAAAUGGAUCUACGGGCACAAAUCUCAGCUAUUGUGGAGAAAGGCAAGGAGAUGAGCAAGGCUGAAACUGAAGCAGGGGAUGUAGGUCCUAUUGUCAACGAAUCAGACAUUCAACACAUUGUUUCUUCCUGGACUGGCAUUCCCGUUGAAAAAGUAUCAACUGAUGAAUCUGACCGCCUCCUGAAGAUGGAAGAGACCUUGCACAAGAGAGUUAUUGGUCAGGAUGAAGCUGUCAAAGCCAUCAGCCGUGCUAUCCGAAGAGCACGUGUUGGACUUAAAAAUCCUAAUCGUCCUAUAGCAAGUUUCAUAUUUUCUGGUCCAACUGGUGUAGGGAAGUCAGAACUGGCAAAAUCACUGGCUGCCUACUAUUUUGGUUCUGAAGAAGCCAUGAUCCGACUUGAUAUGAGUGAAUUCAUGGAGAGACACACAGUCUCCAAGCUAAUUGGUUCACCUCCAGGUUAUGUUGGAUACACCGAGGGUGGUCAAUUGACUGAAGCUGUUAGACGUCGCCCUUACACUGUCGUGCUCUUUGAUGAGAUAGAGAAGGCCCACCCUGAUGUCUUCAACAUGAUGCUUCAGAUUCUUGAAGAUGGAAGGUUGACUGACAGCAAGGGCAGAACUGUGGAUUUCAAGAAUACCCUGCUGAUAAUGACUUCAAAUGUCGGAAGCAGUGUUAUUGAGAAGGGAGGACGACGGAUAGGAUUUGACCUGGACUACGAUGAGAAGGAUAGCAGUUACAAUAGGAUCAAGAGCCUGGUGACAGAGGAAUUGAAGCAAUAUUUCAGGCCGGAAUUCUUAAAUAGGUUGGAUGAGAUGAUAGUUUUCCGUCAGCUCACUAAGCUGGAGGUUAAGGACAUAGCUGAUAUAAUGUUGAAGGAAGUCUUUGACAGGCUGAAGGGCAAAGAUAUAGAGCUUCAAGUAACAGAGAGAUUUAGAGACAGGGUGGUCGACGAAGGGUACAACCCAAGCUACGGAGCAAGGCCAUUGAGAAGAGCCAUCAUGAGAUUGCUAGAGGACAGCAUGGCUGAAAAAUUGCUCGCAGGAGAGAUCAAAGAGGGUGACUCAGUUAUCGUGGAUGUUGAUUCCGAUGCCAAUGUUAUUGUGCUGAAUGGCAGCAGUGGCUCUCCCGAGGCAUUGCCAGAUGUUUUGUCUAUUGUGUAAGCAAGUCGCUCCCAAUUCAGCAAUCCACUCCCCCCUUGUUGCUUGUACUGCAUAUAUUUAACUUAAUAUUGGCAAUGUAGUUGUAGUCUGUUUUGUUACAAUGACUACUCUGGUGGUGGAUUUUGGGCCGAUGAUUUAUUUGUACGGGCUGGGUUUGGAGGAUGUACUCUUAUAUCAACCAUCAACAGGAUGAAUUGAAUAGUUAGGAGCCAGAUAAUGUAAUGAUGGUAUGUGGGUUAGCUUUUCAACAAUAAACGAAUAUAGUCAUGGAGAAGUUAUCACUCA